AAAAGUCGAAUGACUUUUGUUUAGCGUGAAACAAAGUAGAUGGACUGGUUGAUAUUUUAUGGACUUGAUUGAUAUUUUUUCAAAGUACAACGGUGAUUUGGAUGCUUAUCCAAGAUGAUUUAUUAGAAUCGCAUUUUUAGCCUCCUCGGCAAUUGGCGCCAAUUGAGAAGCCAAACAGCCAGUGGCGGCGUUCAGAAAGCUGAGCUGACGAUUUCCCAUCAACUCCUUUACACAGAGAACCACAACGCCAUCGGAAAGCUGAGCCGACGUUUCCCUUUAGAAAGAAUCCAUCGACGUUGACGGAAAAUUCUGAGUGGGAAGGAAUGGAGCAUUGCGAUUUCUCUAAUAAAAUGGAGCGCAAUGAACAAAGUAGAUGCAGGCGGUUGGCCAAUUUAUCUUCAUUUUACCGCUCAAUAUACUCAGAGAUAGAAGAGGUUGGAUGGGAGCAUCUAGUGAGGUUGGGAGGGGACAUGACAUUUCUAAGCUUUCGAAUACUAGAUAAGACGGGAAGAGUGCAUAUUGUGGAGGUUCAGCUGGAUAAAACCUAUCCAAAAACCUCACCAUCGAUUUCAGCAGAUUUACCUUGCAUACCUAAUCUAGAAUGGUCAAGAAAUUCAAGACUGAAAGAUUUGGUGCAGCAGUUCCAAGAGCAUGUGGAUAAAUUUCAAGAAUUUUGGUCUAUAUUGGAUGACAUUGACAAAUCUCUUUGGGUUAUUGAUCUGAACAAACCAUCUCAUGCCAUUUCCUCUCGUCAAAUCAAUAUAGGGAAUGAUUGUUUCAUCAUGCUUUUUAUCAAUCCCAAUGACCCGAGAUCUUUACCAGAGUAUCGCUUUAUCGGUCCUCUUCAAUCUAUCAAUUCCUUGACAAAGAUCUGGCAAAAGAAUAGUAAAAGAUGGACAAAAGAGAGACCGUUUCUGGAAAAUCUUACUUUUGUUCUGGAAACUCAACUGCCAAGGCCUGCUGAUGUCCAGAUGAAUGAUCAGCAAGAUGAAUGUGGAAUUUGUUAUGCUCAAUGUCUUCCCAUUGAUGAUGAGCUUGGUACGAAGCUAGAAAUUGUAACCGACUAUAUUUGUGACAAUAGCAGUUGUAGCAAGGCUUUCCAUAGUAUAUGUCUUGCAGAGUGGUUACGUUCCAUCACAACAACUAGGCAGUCAUUUAAUGUCCUGUUCGGGAAAUGUCCAUACUGUUCAGAACCUGUUGCAGUGAAAAUUGACAAUGCAAAGAAGUAAUUCUCCAACUUUAUUAGAUUCUUAUAAAAGAUCUCCAACUGAUGGAUGCAAAUACUCUGUUAUGUGCCAAUGAUUGUGCUAUUUGUGUGGUUUUGAAGCUUCGUUUGGCACCUAAAUAAAUUCCAUUUUAAAAACUUUACUGAUGUGAGGAGCAUCCAUCUGAUAUCUAGUUAUUGUAUUUGCUACUCUUAUGUUCCAUUAAUUAUGACCUGCGAUCUCAUGCGUAUGUGGUUUUCCA